CCGCCCCCCCCACGACUGCUCGUCACGUGACUCGUCACGUGCGCGCGUUGUGUGCUCUCACUCCCCUCCCACACACCUCUCAUUAGCCCCGAGCCGCGUUUCCCCGGCCAAUCACGGCGCUGUUGCUCUCGCGCGGCUAUUGGGUCAACUUCGGUGACGUCGCGUGCGGCGAGCCAAUGAGGAGGCGGCGUUGAGGCAGUCGUUGGCGUUUGAAAAUAGGUUGGGGCCAAGGGGCGCGCGCGGUGUUGCGGUGAGAGGCCGGACGCGUGCUUUAUUGUUUCAAAAUGGUUAACGGACGAAAAUCUGCAGCUCUUAUUAGUUGGGUGAACUGCAUGUGUGCAGAGAAAACGGAGAGCCUCUGGGAUCUCAAAGACCUGUCUACCUACCUGCACAUCAUACAGACCAUAAAGGCCAGUGUGGAUGUAAAACCGCUGCUGAAGAGUUCAGAAUAUGAAAAAGGAAAUUACAUAAGGGAAUUCUUGCAUCAGUUCUUCCAAAAGAAUGCUUGUCUCCAGACAGUGGAUUGGGAUGCACUAACAGUGGGUGAGCACGUGGAAUUGGAGCUGGCUAAGCUGACGGUGGCAUUCCUGUGCUGCGCUGUGGUGAGCACGGAGAUUCAAUCGCGCAUGAAGUUCCUGGACCCAGAUACGCAGAUCCAGCUCCAUGAAAUUCUAAAGUUUGUGAUGGACAAUGAGGAGAGUCCUCAACUACAGGUCAACCUUGAGCUGCUGCUCAACGUGGGCUGUGUGGUGCGGUCUCCCGGCGUGUUCUCCGUUGCCACCAAGGAGACCAGUGGACGCAUUUCGUCUCCCCUCUCGUCGCUGCCCCUGGGCCACACUGCAGGGGUUCGCUUCCGGGACCUCCAAAGAAUCGCUUCUUCCUCCAGCAUGAACAACUUGCUCAGCUCUCCGGACUCCCCCUCAUCUCCCAUGCUGAGUUUCUUUGACCAGCCGGCCGUGGAGGUGCGCAGGCUGAAGCAGCAGCUUCGUCAGGAGUGGGAGCAGCAGGAGAAGCUGGAAGGCGAACUCUCCAGCAAGUCCCAGCUUCUCAAGCAAAGCGAGCAAGAGGUGGCAGAGCUCCGUGGGCGAGUGGAGCGUCUGGUGCAGCUCACGCAGAUGCGCCCUCCCUCACCCCUCCCCAGCGAGCUGGCCGAGCUACACGAGAAAACACAGAGGUUGUCUGUGACUGUGAAACAAUGCCAGGAGUUGAAGAAGGAGAAUGAGUUUAUGGGAAAAAGACUGAUUCAACUUGCCGAGGAGAACAGUGAGCUGUCUUCCAAGGUGCGCGAGAGCUGCACACACCUGGUGGAAUGUCGCUCGCUGUUGGAGGAAUCGAGCCGCAGUGCGGAGCAGAGGCACACAGAAGCAGAGGUGCGCAUCCAUCGGCUCGAAGAGGCCCUGGGAGAGGCACUCAACAGCAAGGCCUCGCUGGAGGAGACUGUGCGAAUCCUGCAGGGCAAGCUGGGAGUGCUGGCAGAGAAGGAAGCCUCUCUGAAGGAGCAGCGUAACCUGCCGCCCGGGGAGGUCAUGUCGGAGGUCCUACAGAUGGAAGAAUGGCACAUGUGUCAGAAAGCACGGAAGAGAGCUGACAUUGGGCUGCCACCUUUAGCCAAGGCGCACACAGAUACAACGCACAGCCAUGACACACCCACAUCUUCACGGGAGGAACAACCUGCUGACUUUAAUAAUGUAUCAGACCAAGAUAGCGGCACACUCAUAGUGAAAGACAGGAAAUAUCUCAUGCCAAAUGAAUCCACAAUGGAGCUGGAUGGUUCCAUGGUGGAUCAAGGCAAUGUCACAUUCAGGGAAGAAUUGGAUGGUCAUGAAAGUAAGCAAACCGGAGACUCUCAAGACAAAGGUGUGGAGGCCACUCGGGCACGGUCCAGCACCUUGAAACAAAAUUCGUUGGAAGGGAGCAGCACAUCGUCCCGCAGAGAGAUGGGAAUUGCGCGUGACGUGCAGGAGAACUUUGAAUUGAAAAACACUGGCCACAGGGACACUUUGGAGCAAGGAAGAACUUUAUUACAACAGGAAAGGGUGGCUCUAAGCAAAGAGAGGGACAUCCUCGAACGAGAGAGGGCUGCUUUGGAAAAAGAGCGAAUGGCUGUGAUAGCCAUGGGAGAGGGGAACAGGUCCACUGUAAUGGCUCACAUGUUGACAACAGAAGCCUCAAUGGAGCAGCAAAGAGUCAUAUUAGAUCAGGAAAAAAAUACAUUAAAUCUGGAAAAAGCUGCUCUGAAAGCAAUGGAGGAUGAAAUUAAUAUUAAUUUAGGACAACAAAAGUCGAGACUGGACCAGGAAAAACGCAAACUAGAGCAGGACAUGAUUAUUCUCAAACAAAAAUGGAAUUGCGUAGAGCAAGAGCAGGACAAGCUAGUGAAAGAGAGGGCGAUUCAAGACCAAAGCAAGGCCAGCUUUACCAAAGAAAUGAUUUAUUUGAAAGCAUCACUGGAGGAAGAAACAUCAGUUAUGAAGGUAGGGGUGGAGCAAGAAAGGGUCCUGUUGGAGAAUGAAAGGGAAAAAAUAAUCCAAUGUAUAGCAAAUCAAAAAGAUACUGCUUCACUCCAGCGGGAGAGAAUUGCGAUGCAGCAAGAGGUGGAUGUCCGAGAACAAGCAAGGGCUGCCCUUGUCUGCGUUGUUACUUCCUUGGAAAAAAUAGAGGUUAUGCCUGGCAAUGAAAAGGGUAGCUUAAUUUGUGCCCUUGAGGAAGGGAUGACCACUUUAAAAGCCAUCUUAGGGCUGGACAAAGGUAUUGCAUGCGAAGAAACUCACAUCGGCAUGGCAGACAAUGGCAUUGUAGCACAAGCAGUUCUGCAACAACAGAGGACAGAGCCUGCACAAGAUAAUUAUUUGAAAUCUGUUGGGAAGCAUGGUAUGGGGCAUCGUGAAAGGGACACACUAUGCCAAGAAAAAGACAAAACAAAUAUAGAGGAGACCACUUGGGAUGGGGAGCGGUCUUUGUCUCGGAGGGAAAGUCUGGUGUCGCUGGAUGAAUCAAACGAUGUCUUGGAUGGAGACCAGGCUGACUUGGAGACGGCGAGAGGUGUGUUGUUGAAAGCUGUUACAAAAGUUGCCGUGCUCGCACCAAUGCAAGAAGCUGCUGCAGUGAAAGACUUUAUGGAAGAGGAUUGUUCCCCACUUGAGCAAGAGGAUUCUGAUGCCAAUGUACGAAAUCAAAAGGCAUUCACCCCAGCAGAGACUGUCCGCCUCGUUCAAGCCAACUUGGACCAUGAGCAAAUCGUAUUCAGAGAUUCCCUUCAACAAGAGGUGGCCGUGCUGGAGCAGAAACGUACCACCCUGACGGCAUCGCUGGAGCAUGAGAGAAACAGACUGUGUGAGCUGGAGCAGGCAAGCGUGAGCGUGCGUAUGGAAGCGGACAGCUUAAAAGCAGCACUGCAGCUCGAGGAGGUCGUGCUCCGAGCCACUCUGAAUGAAGAAAGGACUGCGCUGGAAGAAAUGAAAUUCAAAGUACAAGAGAAUACAUUAUUACAAAAUCAGGAGAAAGUGAAGUUGCAGCAAGAUAGGGAUUUAUUGGAAGAUGAGAAGGUUUCUCUGGAGCGAGAGAAAGUCGCGCUGGAUAGAAUGAAAGCAACUUUAGAGGAGAUGAAAGCUAUCUGGGAACGAGAAAGAGUCGUUUUAGUGGCUCCAUUAGAACAAGAGAGAGUCACCCUGAAACGAGAGCUUGCAGCUCUGCACCAGGAGAGAGCCAAAUGGACCACAGAGAGCGAACGUUUGGUGCAAGAGCAGGCUUUGUUAGAACAGCAGAGGGUAGCGUUACAGCAAGAAAGAGAGUCUUUAGAUCAGCACAGGGGCAACCUCAAGGUUAGGUCCGAGCAAGAGCGGGCCGCUCAAAGUGAAAGGAUGUAUAAAGUGGAGCAAGAGAACGCCCGUUUGCGCACUGAGCAGAGAAGGCUCGAACAUGACAUGGCUGAGCUAAGGGCGACCGUGGAUGAGGAAGAGAUGAGUUGGGCACGAAAGAGAGUUGCGCUUGACAAAGAGAAGGCCGAGAACGAGCGAGUCAAGUCGAACUUGGAUAGAGAAAUGGCCGUGAUAAAAAAACAGAAGAGUUUGCUUGAUGAAACGAUGGCAAAAUUUGCCUUGGAGGGAACUGAUUUUUUGCAUCAAAAGGCGAUGGUUGAAAAGGAUGAGGAAGAGAUGAGUUGGGCACGAAAGAGAGUUGCGCUUGACAAAGAGAAGGCCGAGAACGAGCGAGUCAAGUCGAACUUGGAUAGAGAAAUGGCCGUGAUAAAAAAACAGAAGAGUUUGCUUGAUGAAACGAUGGCAAAAUUUGCCUUGGAGGGAACUGAUUUUUUGCAUCAAAAGGCGAUGGUUGAAAAGGAUGAGGAAGAGAUGAGUUGGGCACGAAAGAGAGUUGCGCUUGACAAAGAGAAGGCCGAGAACGAGCGAGUCAAGUCGAACUUGGAUAGAGAAAUGGCCGUGAUAAAAAAACAGAAGAGUUUGCUUGAUCAAACGAUGGCAAAAUUUGCGUUGGAGGGAACUGAUUUUUCGCAUCAAAAGGCGAUGGUUGAAAAUAAAAGCAAUUUGAAGACUUUAAUAGAGACUGAUUGUAUCGUGUUAGAACAAGAGAAAACUGGACCCAAACAAGUAAAAGGACUUGUAGAUUUAGAGAGUGCUACCGCAAAGCAGGAACGUGAUGUCUGCAAAGCAAAACAGGAGAGCAAUACCUUAACGCAAAGACGAGCGGCUGACGCGCUUUCAAGCGGCAUAGAACGUCAUAGCGUUGUAUUGGAGCAAGAAAUGUAUGAUGCAGUGCCAUCUAAACUGCGGCAAGCUGCCACGCAAAAUAACGAGACGGAGGACACAGCUCCCCCAGGGAAGGUGAAUGCUGCUCUGAAAGCUCUGCAGGAUCUAGAAACCGACACGGAAAUUCAGGAAAUGUCCAGCCCCGGAGCCACCGAGGAUCGCAAGACUGCCAAGUCAGAGAUAAGAAGGGAAAACGUUAACUCCUCUGUCGAACAAGAGAAGGGACAUCUGGAAUUGGAGAAGAACGCUUGGGAGAAAGAAAAGGAAAACUUCAGGGAAGAUGAGGACAUUAUGGCAGCUACAAUGGAGGAAAACUUGGACACCACGAUGCAGUAUGAGGUUCCAACUGAUGUGGCCCCUUCAGACAUUGUUACUGAGAGAGACAUGGCUCCAAGUAAUCAAAUUUUUACAAAAGAAGAAUGUGCCACCCUGCAAGCUAACGUGAGUGAAAUUGAAGAUAAUUUUAAUACAGGGGUGGAAGAUGCAAGGAUUUUGUCAAAAGAAAAUCUGGAACGAACUCCAAGUGAAGACGGAAGACGUCACAGCAUGGUCACACGCUCGGCGCGCAAGAGAAGUUCACGGCACUCCCAGGAAACCCUCUACUUCACACCGUUGCAGACGAGGCCUUCCCUCGCGGGAAGGCAGGCUCCGACUCUGGACUGGAGCCUCAACUCCCUCGAGGAUCUCGUCAUCGACUCGGCCAAGAAGAAGCCGCGCACGUCGUCCGCACGGCGCCGCACCAUGCACGUCAUCGACAUCACGCUUAACAAGAAGGUGGAGUCGUGUCGGCGUGACAGCGUGUCCAGCAGUGUGUCCACGAUGCGCAGCAGCACCACCACAGCCUACGAGUUGCGCUCCCACGGGGACAGACCUACACCCGUGCAGUCUUCCAACUGGUCGCUGGGAUUCCCAGCAUCCUCUGCUUCGUUUGUGACGCUCGGCACCUUCACUUCCCAGAAUUCCCUGCAGCUUGAGGACCUGAGGUCUGGGCGGUUGUCCGACGCCAGCCUGCGGAGCCUCCCCGGCUACCGGCCCCUCGGUCCACACGGAACCGAUGGCCGCAACCUGGAGCAGUUGCAGGCCCCGCCAACGACGCGGCGUCGCAAGGGAAAUGCAUCGUAUUACAUGAGCUGCGUAGAUGAGCCAGACCCAGAAGCCGAAUGGGAUGAACUUGAGCGCCAGGGACUUGGCGCGCACGCUCUGCCUCGGCGGCAGCCCAGAGCGGCGCUGGAGACUAGCGCUUGCUACACUGAGGGUUUGCAGGAAAACCAGCCACUGGUCAAUUGCAAGGUGGACUUUUCUGAUAAAAGCGACACCAGAAACGACCAUUUGCUACUGCAGGAAGAAUUGCAAAAGCGCAACCAAGCAACCCUGCCUCACCUGCGAUCCUGCUACCCACUGGAAGUGGAGACAUUCAUGCCGGGGGAGGAUCUGUGCACGGCAAAACCAGAAAUGACAGCACGCCGCAUGUUCCUCCGCCCCGCGCUCGCCGACGCAAAUGCGGACAUGCGAAAACGGAAAUCUGGGAUCGGCCACAACGCAGAAUGCUCACCGGAGAGUAAGAAGUCGGCCACCAUGUGCUUUGUGGUACCGGCCACCCCCCGCGAGAGGCCGCCGCCCCGGGCGUCGCCGCGUCGAGAUGACCAUCCCCAACGUUCCUGGCCGAUCAUCCGUCGCCUUCGCCGAUCCAUGUCGCGUAAGAAAUCUCCUUCCAGCAAGGCAUCUAAACCUUGAACCUAAACUACACGUUACGAUCAUCAGCACAGAUAUGAGAAGAUGAUGACGGUGGUGAAAGUGACAGAAAGAUGCCGUUCCUUGUUAUCGGUGCACUGUACCUUGUACAUUUUUGGUUGUGAGCUGUAAUUCUGUGUAGAUAUUUUGUUGGCUUCCAUCAGAAGAUUAUUUGUAUAUUUUUUUGAUGAUGGUUCCUUGUAAUCUCACCACUGCCCUGCGUUGUCCCUUCACGACACUGCCAUGCACUUUAAAAAACCCUGCUUGAGCAAGGGUUUUUAAAAGUUAGCUCUAAGCUAUGCAGGACUUUCACGCUUCUCGCACUGCGUGUAAAUAUUCGUGAGCACAUUUAGAUCUAGCUAGAUCUGGUUGUCGCCUGAUGAAACUAGUUGUAAUUACUAGCGAAACGUCGUACUCGGUUUGUACAUGUUCUGGCUUGGCUCUCCAACACAUCGGUGUGCUGUACUAGUGACGAAUUGGCAUGUUCUGUUUACGUGACAACCCUUACUAGUUGGCUGUGUCGGGUGGUGGCAGGUUUUUACGACACAUUUUGUAUAUUUACGCGCUCUAACCCAAAAACCUCUUAUGGAUGGCUUUUUGUGAUUCGCUGCUGGUCAUUAUUGUAAGCAGCGUAAUAUAAGUAACUGUAUUUUACGUUGUGAAGGAAUAGAGUGGAUUUGUUCCCAAAGACCGUCUCAUUGCACCUGGGACACUGCCUUUUAGCUUAACGAGCCCGUGGUCAUCAAAUCAGCACUGGCAGGUUCUCUCGGACCAAUGAUUCGUUCCAGGCAGAGGGGUUAAUACUGCCAUCGCGAUGAGCAUCGGCACACACAAUUGAGCAGCUACGCAGUGUUAGCCUCCAUAAUCACUUUGCUAUUCACAAGUCGCGUAACAUUGCCCUAAAUGAAACUAUUAUAACACUAAUGUCAUGUAGGUGUACUUUAGAGUUAUUGCUAAGAUAUAUUCCAAGUCCUUUGCAUAAAGCGGAGCGGUAUAGUUAUUUAACAAAAUAAUUAAAUCGUAUCACUGUAAAAUGUCAAAUCUGCACGACACCAGCUAAUGUAUCCAAAUUGCACAGAGGCAUUCAUGUAUUUAUAGUUUUUAGCAUUAUUGUACAGGCAUUCCUUGCGUAAUGCACCCCCCCAUAGCGAAAAUUCGCAGUUAUGCGAUUCGUCUUUUAAGGGACACUUCACACUUACGCUAUGCAUUGCACAGUUUACGUGCUCAAGAAACAAAAAAUAUUGUAAAAUUAUUUUUUUUUCAAUAAUUCUUUUUUCAAUUAUAAAGAUUCAAAAUAGUAAUCUUUUCCAUCCUAGUUAUCUUGUUAUUAAACUCCUUGUUAAGUAAUCUUUGUAAUAUUAAGUAUUACAUUUAUGCAUGGUUUCUUUUGUAAAUCCAGGGCUAAAAUAAUUAAAUUAAAUUAUACUUAAGUUUCCUUCGGUAACGCGCCCCCGCUUAUAACAUGUAUGUCUAUGGGAAUAUCAGCUUCGUACAGCGCGAUUCGACUUGCGCGCUGUUUUUCAGGAACGCAUGUUGCACGUUAUGUGAGAGACGCCUGUAUUUGCAUGUUUGUGCUUGACAGUCAUUCCACUCUACUUCUAACCUAAAAAUAUACUCCUUUAUCACUUUUCACAAUACAUAUAAUAAACGUGAUUAUUAAAACUGAAUUAUUUUAAACAAAAAGCUUUUCAGGGAACUUGCCAAAAGAUGUGUAAUGUUGGAAUAACUGGCAAGGCGAUGCAGAGGCAUUGUUAUACUGCAGGGGGACACCGUGGCGCUGUCAGGGAUGGAUGGCAAAGCAGCCUCCCCGGGGUGCUUCUCGUUUUACGAUCUCAUGGCGCGUGGCCGGAGUGAAAUUGCGUUAACGUGGACAUUUCAUGGAUAGAAAAGUGUCUGUAAUUUGUCUGCAUUCACGCAAAAUGUCAUGAAGGGAACGUUGGUUAAUCUGAGAGAUACCUGUGCUUGGCUGCUCGUCCACAAUUUGUCUUUCACCCAGACGCCCCUCCAAGCCACUUGACCAUUUCUAUAUUUGCCCCCUCCCCCCAAGCCAUUCUUUCAUUUCAUAUCGGAAGCAUUCACUGCAAUAGCAAAACUUUUACAGACGUAUGUCUGUUUGACCAAGUUGUUCAGUCAGUUUCAAAUGUAACAUUGUAACCUUCAGAUGUGUGAUGCUGUUGAUGUUAAAAUUAUAAUUUGUAAAUGAUUUAGAUACAGGAGUUAGCACGCUUUGCUUUGUCCGAUCUAGUGUGCAAUGCAUAGAGGUAUCCAAGAGAUGAACUACACUUUUAGGCGCUUCUCACAGCAUCGAGGAAAUUCGACCUCAAACAAGAGUAAGUUCCCACAUUCUUCUCACAUUCAUAUCAAGCGUUUUUUUAUGUUGGUGAAAGAUUGACUUGUUGCUGUCCAACAGCGUGUUUUUAUACUGUAACAUAUGGGUAUAAUUUUGGUUAUAAUUUCCAAAAUAAAACGUUUGCAUGCUUUUGUGGUGGGAAAUAAAUACAACACUAGAAAAUAUGUAUUCACUUGAAAGCGUAAUCUUUUUUUCUUACAUAUGUAGUGAGUUCAAUUGAGGCGCACACUUGAACUUGGAGGCAACACGUUUUAUUAACCAACACAACAGGUAACUCUUCACAUUAACAAGAUAACGGCAUAGGGUGAUGACCACUGCUUUUAACGAACACUCGAGGGGAUAGCUAAAUAGUCCGACCAGGACAGCUAACAGGCUGCCUGGUCCACGAGCGAAGACCGGAGACCGAGGAUCGUAGAUGGCGGCUUCAUUCCCAGAGUUGAUCCACCAGAACAGCCAACACAUCGUCGGGUCGUCGUGUGCGGCGACCGAAGAGCGAGGAUCGAAGAAGGUGACUUCUUUCCCGUGUUGAACAGCCACGCUCCCUCUCGGGACUCGGCUUAUAUCUCCUGUGGCGUGACUGGGCUCCGCCCCUGGUCACGCCCCCUUCUCGAUCCUUCGCGGAGGGUCUGGGUCCACAUCACGUUGCCCGCUCACCCCUCCUGGGAGUUCUCGUGCCCCCUCGUCCGGUCAUGUGCUCGCGGGUUUUCACAGGAUAUCAUGUCUUUACCCGAUCUCGGUGACACCCGGACCGUGCCCUCUCGUGAGCCAUUCCGUGCCAUGCUCACACUGGUGCCAUAGAGCAGCACCACGCAUACAGUACCACUCUUCAUUUGGUACUGUCGCUACACAGUAGUGACACCAUUUAUGUCACUACACAUGGAUAAAUACCUGAUGUGCAUAUG